AUGCUGGGUGUUGGAUAUUCAGAUGCAGGCAUGGUCCCUGUCCUAAAGGAGCCUGCAUACGCUUCUUCUGACAGUCCUUUCCUGCUAAGGAAGGGAUCUGAGUGUCCUCUCAAUGUGAUUGUCCUUGCAGAAUGCGUGCAGGAGCCUCAAGUCACCCUGAAGUCCAUAACUGUGUCUGAGAAUGCUUUCUGUAACAUCACCCUGAUGUGCUUUGUGAAUGGUGCAGAAAAUGGUGUCCAAUUCAGCUGGACCUCAAGUACUUCUGAAUCCUAUAGCGGCUCUAUCCUCACUGUCUCCCCAAAGCCCUGUGAUCCAGGCCUGUCAUACACCUGCACAGCCCGGAAUCCAGUCAGCCAGAGCAGCUCCCGCCCUCUGCAUGCCUGGCAGUUCUGUGCAGGAACCUCCAAAGGAAACACAAUGGAGGAGACAGUGGUAGGGAUGCUGGGAGAGCCAGUCACCCUGCCCCUGGCCCUCCCAGCCAAUCAAGACACAGAGAACAUUGUCUGGAUGUUUAACACAUCUCUUAUCAGCAAAGAGUGGAAAGGAUCAGCAACGGCAGAGCCACUCGUUACACCCAAAGGUUCUGAUGAGAGCAGGGUAUGGGUCUCCAGCCAAGACUACUCCCUGAAGAUCAGCCAGCUCAAGACGAAGGAUGCUGGCCCCUACCAUGCCUAUGUGUGCUCAAAGGCCUCCAGAGUCACCAGCAUGAAACACGUCAUCCUGCUCGUCUACCGGAGGCUGAAGAAGCCUAACAUCACCUGGAGCCUCAUGCACACUGAAGAUGACAUCUGCAGGCUCAGCCUGACCUGCUCAGUGGAGGAUGGUGGUAACAAUGUGACCUACACAUGGAGCCCCAUGCAGAAGGGAGCUAUUCUGUCCCAAGGAAGCUCGCACCUCAAUGUCUCCUGGAGAAGUGGUGAAAAAUACCCCAACCUCACAUGCACCGCCAGAAACCCCGUCAGCAACAGCUCCUGCCAGUUUCUGUCUGGGGACAUCUGUUCAGGGUCUAAGAGAAAAAGACAUUUUUGGAUUUGGCUCUCCCCGGUUAUCAUCCUUCUGAUCUUGGGCAUCUCCAGCUGGUACAUUUGGAAGAAAAAAGGAUCGUAUUCCGUGCCAGCCUCCAGUUCCAGCCACGCUGAGGCCCCAUCUGACCCACCAGGUCAAAUGGGCUAUUCAGUGUAUCCAGAGAGGUUGGUGCGCUUACAUGCUCCAGAAUCCACGGCUGGCCAUACCAUAUACACCGUGAUCUCCCAAGGAUAUGAGAAGCUGGACCCUCUCCCGAAAACUGCCAGGGCUUGGUCUAGGCCCCCCUCAGACACCAGCUCCAAUAGCAGCAUCACGACUGAAGAGGAUGAGGAGAGGACCCAGAUGCACAAUUCUGUCAAUGGAAAAGAUGAGGUGAAUGACUUGGUCACUCAGAAAGACAUCGGACAAGACUUGACCACUGAGGGGCAAGCAGAGCUUGUCAUUCUAGAUGACAGAGCAGUUGGAUCUGUGGUCGGAGAGAAUUUGGAGUAUACACAAGUGGUCCUUAAUCUGCAGGAAAAGAACCCAAUUCCUCAGAAGAAAGAGAACUCAGCCACAAUCUAUUGCUCUGUACAGAAACCUCAAAAGGUGGUGCCACCCCCACCACAGGAUGGUCUUGAGUCUCCUGAAAUCCCUACCUAUGAAAAUUUAACCUGAAAAGAAAAACAAUUGCCACCUCUUUCCUGGGUCCCCGUCAUUUUGGAAAAGCAGCUGGACCUUAUAAAAGUGGAGUGUUCCUACAGAUAGAAGCACAUCAGACUUUCUGCAGCGACUCGGACAUGCUGGGUUUGACCCCUCCCCCUACUUCUCACCCCUGUGGCCUCCUAGACCCAUUACUAUUUCAGACACAGGCUCCUUCUUGGAUCUACAUAAAAUGAUGAUCACAUAGUAUUUAAA